CGAGGCCGCCCGGGGCGGAGGCCGGGCCGGGCCGGGCCGGGCCAUGGCGGCGCGCUGCGGCGGCGAGCGCGAGCGGGGCCACGUGCGGGCGCUGCUGGCCGACAGCGAGCGGCGGCGGCUGCAGGACGCGGCGGGCUGGGAGCGGGGGCUCGUUGCCGGCUGGGCCGCGGCGGUGCAAGGCUGGGGUAAAGCUGCUCCAUUUGCCUGCCUUCAGCUGCAAAAGAAAGUCAAGAAAUCCAGGGCAAGUGAAGCUGUCAACAACAAUUGCCUGAUUUGCUUAGAUAUGAUGCAAACUGCUGAAAAAAGUUUGGUCCUAGAAACCAAGCCUGCAAAAGAACAAUCAAAACCUAACAGCAAGUUCAGUACAUGUACUACAGAGGAGACUGUGUCAGAAAAGGAAGAGGUUCCAGUCCAUUCAAGUGAGGCCAUCUGCGGUCCUAUCACAGAUGGUAUUAAGAGAGAAAUUUGUAAUGGCAAGUUUCACUCCCCUCAGGCCUUCCAGGGUGAAAAGAAAAGUUUGCCAAUAAAGGAAUUCAGCAUAUGGCACCUAGAAACAUUGAAACAUAAAGAUAGGAAAAGCAAUGAGCCUAGCGUGCCUGACACUGAUAACGCCGAGUCUUUGUUAAAGCCAUCGCUAGUUUUGCCACCAGUGAAAGAUGCUACUCCCAAGAAUAACCCAGAUGCUUCUUUAAAGAAGAAUAAAGCAGUCUUCUCCCAGACAAAAAUGCUCUAUGGUACUUCAGAAGAGACUUCUUCUGAGGGUCAUGAAUCUCAAACAGAGCAAAGGAGGGAAAAAGAAAUCGAUGUUGUGAGCACAACAGUGAAGGAGAAAAUGAAAAUGAAUGAAUCAUCCUUUGUCCCAAGCCUGCCAAAGGCCUCCUUUCUGCAAGGGGACCCUGAGCUUUUGCACUGGCAUUGUGCUCUUUUGCCAGAUAAAAAGACAGCAACCACCUCUAAUUCUGUCACUUUAAAAAAAAACUGUAAUCUUGCCAGCAUGCAGUACACAAAACAGGAGACAGUCAGGAGCCCUUUCACCAGCAACAUCAGAAGCAGAAAUCCCGAGGCCAAGCAAGGAAGUGAAUCAAAGAUACAGGAGCUCUCACUGCUUUCUGGACUGUUGCCCUCCUUAACGGUCAGCCACGUUACACUAACUGCACUGUCUUCUAAACUGACCUAACGUUUUUUAUAUUGUAAUUCCAUGCCUUUUUUUUUUCUUUUUGUAUUUGUUGGGCUCAUUGUAUGAGAAAAAAAUUGAAGAUACACACUAAAUUCUGCUUCUGAGCACAACUAUUUGUGAAUUUUGUAGGUGUUAUUGGUGUGUCAGUUUAUAACACUAUCCUUUACUUUCAAAUAGAUUUACUUUUCAGUUAACAGGUUAAAGAUCUGUCUGACUGUAUACUGUGCAGUAUGAUACCUGCAGAAGACUCCUUUGUUCUGGAGGUGGCUGAAAUGCAGCUUCCUAAUUUGGAUGCAGCCCUUGUGUGGUAUGAUCUUGGGUGGAAUUUUGGUAGCUGAUCCAGCUGAGCACCUAAGCUUAACUUCAAGUACAUUCCUAAGGCCAUGUCUAGGAAGCAAGACGUUUAAGAGUGGUUUUAAUUUAAGCACAGGAUUAAGUUCUGUUGAGUUCCAUAGGCCUGAAGCAUUUGUACAAGCACUUUGCUGAACUGGAGCUGAAAAAAAUGCAUUAGAAAUAGUCCUCAACUGACCUGGAGAACAGCAGCUUUACUAUAGUGCCAUGACCAAGUGAUCAGUUAUUUACCACUUUUUGUUUUCAUUUGGUUUUAAGUAUGAUUUAAGAUUUUCUCCUUGUUUCUUUGCUUCCCUCCACAUUUGACUAGCAUGUAACCCUUGAUUUUUUUUUAGUGAACAGGGAUUUUUAGAUAAAGUUUUGUCUGUCUGUUAAGUGAA